AUGAUACCGCAAAUGGCUUUUCCUCUCCCUGCCGUGGUGCCACAGCCAACAUCUGUCACCAUGGUGCCACAGCCAGCACCUGUCGUACCUCGCGGAGCUGGUAAAAAAUUCACGCCCGCAGAGAUGGCAAAACGUGAUGAAGCAAAGCUAGUAAAGUGCACCUGGGAUGUUCAAAAAGCCCUUCUCUUCAAACUCCCGCUGAAUAGGAGUAUCACUAUGAACAACGGCAUGAAUGCCUUUUACGAGUUGUAA